ACAAAAUUACUCAUCUAUUUUAAUACGGCUCGUGAUCUAUCAUGUGACAGUCUACCUUCAAGAUGGCGAAGAUGGUUGUUGCAAAAAUUUGUGGCGUGCUCUUUUUGGCAGCCCUGUGUUCCAGUGCCAAACUGAACGCUAAUACACCAACAUUUGCUACUUCAUAUGUUGUCUCUGGUGUAUUACAACUACCCUAUGCUGAAAUUAAAGAACCUUUUACUGCCAUGUUUGAUGGUCCUAAUAAAAGAAGCAGGGUAGAUUAUUAUAAUGGUAUGGUUGUCAAUCUGUUAAGAGGUGAUAUGGGUCAGUAUGGCAUGACCCUUGAACUUGCACCAAUGACAAACUAUCAAGUCAGGAACCAGAGAAUGUGUUUUCAGACUAAUGGUACUGUUAAUGCAACUGUUAUGCCACAAUCUGUUCUGCCAGAUCUUACAGGCUUUCAGAAAAUGAGUCAAGAAUUAAUGAAUGGCAAAAUGUGUGAUUUAUGGCAAAUGAAACAAUCUAUUGGUAAUAAAUCCAAUACUUAUUCUAUGUGGUUAGAUUCUAGUAAUCAGGAUCCAGUAAGAUAUGAGAUGUAUGGUUAUGAUUCUCUACUCGGUUCACAUUUUGAUCGUUAUUACCUAGAUUAUAUGAAAUAUACAGCUGGUGGUAGUAUACCUGCUUCAGCUUUUGAUCCACCAGCAAAUUUAACAUGUGGAGGUUUCCCAGGACCAGGAGCAGAAAAAAAAGUGAGAAUGAAUCCAAUGAGUGAAUAUGUCAACCAUUUUGAUCAACAUGUAGAUGAAAUGUUUGAAUCUUAUAAGAAAACUCAUGAUAAAAAAUAUAAAGAUAUUAAAGAACAUGAAGAAAGAAAACAUGUCUUCAGACAAAAUGUCCGAUACAUUCAUUCUAAGAAUCGAGCUGGUCUAACAUUUAAAGUUGCUGUCAAUCAUUUAGCUGAUAGAAGUGCUAAAGAACUCCAGAUGAUGAAUGGCUAUAGAUAUUCUAAGGGACCACACGGAGGUCAAUAUUUCGACACCAGUAAAUAUAACGUUCAAGAUUUACCUGAUCAACUUGAUUGGAGAAUAAUGGGUGUGGUAUCACCAGUAAAAGAUCAAGGUGUGUGUGGUUCAUGUUGGAGUUUUGGAACAACUGGCACUAUUGAAGGUGCAUUGGCUAUUAUGUCAGGUAAAGUAACUCGUCUAUCACAACAACAGCUUGUAGACUGUUCAUGGGGUGAAGGUAAUAAUGGUUGUGAUGGUGGAGAAGAUUUCCGAUCCUAUGAUUAUAUCAUGAAGAAAGGUGGUCUAUCAUCAGAUGAACAAUAUGGACAAUAUUUAGCUGCUGAUGGUUACUGUCAUGAUGAUAAAGUUACACCAGUUGUCAAGGUUACGGGUUAUGUAAAUGUUACUACCUGGAAUGCAACAGCUAUGAAAUUAGCAUUAUUUAAUCAUGGACCUAUCUCUAUUGCCAUUGAUGCUUCUCACAAAUCUCUCUCAUUUUAUUCUAGUGGUAUCUACUCAGAUCCUCAAUGUGGAAACAAACCAGAUGAUUUAGAUCAUGCUGUAUUAGCUGUUGGAUAUGGUGUUUAUAUGAAUGAGCCAUACUGGUUGGUGAAGAACUCUUGGUCUACCUACUGGGGUAAUGAUGGCUAUGUUUUGUUUUCACAAAAAGACAAUAUGUGUGGUGUUCUUAGUGCUCCAACUUAUGCAACUGUAACCAUGCCUUAAUUGACUUUAAAAUCCAUUCCAAUAUUUUGUCUUAUUUAAUAAUACCAAUUUUUAUCCCAUGUAUUCCGUGAUUUUCUGUAUCAAUUAUUCUAAAGUAUUAUGUAAAUAUUUGUACGUAACAUCUUUCUUGUAUAUUAUAAAACAGGUAGACUUUCAUAAUGCAUAAAUAGCAUGUAAAUAAUGGGGCUUUCAAAGACUAAUAGUUUGUCAUAGUUUUGUUUGACGGCCUUAAAUAGUUACCAGUACUAGAAUAUUAGUAUAUUUUGUGAGAUAAAUUAUUUUUGUUACAGAUGUUUUUGUAUGUAUCAGUUGUUAUAAUUUUGUACACCAUCACAUAAACAAUAUAUAUCUUGUAGAUGCUCAGAAUUUGAUGGAGAUUAUUUGUUACAUAAAGUGUUCAGCUUCUUUA